GGGGCUGGCGGGGAGGCCACGUGUUUCCGGUAACGGGGCGGACGAGAGGCCAGAGAAGGGCUGAGGGUUCGCGGGAGUGUUUCAGACACAGAGACGGCGGCGGAGAAGAGAAAGUGAGAAGAUGAUGUGCUUGACGAAGAUGGUGCUGUACCUGACGGUGUGCGGGGCCUAUGCCUUGAGCAAGCCCACCGAAAAGAAAGAGCGCGUCCUCCACGACAAGGAGCUGAGCGACAAGGUGCACGAUGACUCGCAGAACUUCGACUACGACCACGACGCCUUCCUGGGAGCCGAGGAGGCCAAGAGCUUUGAUCAGCUCACACCUGAGGAGAGCAAGGAGAGACUUGGAAAGAUUGUAGGUAAAAUCGACGGUGACAAAGACGGCUUUGUGACUGAGGAAGAACUUAGGGCGUGGAUUAAGUUCUCCCAGAAGCGCUGGGUCUACGAGGACGUUGACCGUCAGUGGAAGGGCCACGACCUGAACAACGACGGCGUGAUGUCCUGGGACGAGUACAAAAACGCGACCUACGGGUUCUUGUUGGAGGACCCGGACCCCGAGGAUGGCUACAACUACAAGCAGAUGAUGGCGCGGGACGAGAGACGGUUCAACAUGGCCGACGAAAACCAGGACAAACUGGCCACAAAGGAGGAGUUCACCGCCUUCCUGCACCCUGAGGAGUACGAUCACAUGAAGAACAUCGUGGUGCUGGAGACAAUGGAGGACAUUGACAAGAACAGCGAUGGUUUCAUUGACUUGGACGAGUACAUUGGUGACAUGUACACGGCUGACAGUGAAGGCCACGAGCCGGAUUGGGUGAAGUCUGAGCGGGAGCAGUUUACAGAGUUCCGGGACAAGAACAAGGACGGCAAGAUGGACAAGGAGGAGACCAAGGACUGGAUCCUGCCUGCUGACUACGAUCACGCUGAGGCCGAAGCCCGGCACCUGGUGUACGAGUCUGAUGAGAACAAGGAUGGCAAGCUGUCUAAGGAAGAGAUCAUCAGCAAGUACGACCUGUUCGUGGGCAGCCAGGCCACCGACUUCGGCGAGGCCUUAGUGAGACACGAUGAGUUUUAGGUUAGCAGAUCGGGCAGGUCAGAAACAGAAGAGAAACCAAUUCACAAAAAGAAAGGCUAAUUUAUUUUUUACAACUUUCUCUUCAACAUGAGGUGUUUUGUGUCCUGGGACUGUUAUCCCAGACUCCAUGCAAGCAACGGAUACAUCUGGGGGGUGGGAGUGGGGGAGAGGGUGGGGGCAGAAUGCGGUGUCACUUACCCCCUUUUAGAUUAGUUGCCACAUAGCUGUAAAACAAGUGUGUUUGAUUUUUGUAUUUGUCUAGGUCUUGUUUCUUUCUUGUAAGCCACCGAAACACACAAUCGACAAGAUAAAGUGUUUCUAAUUCAAUGCAUAGAUAAUCCCUGAAUGAACCUCCCCGAGCGGUGGGUGGGUGUAAGUGUAAGUGUGUGUGCGUGUGUGUCCGGACUGGCUGAUAGGCUCUGUGCAGCUAAAUGAUGGUUUGAUCCUGAAAGUGUCUUGUUUAGGCUUUACUAACUAACCCUGGUUUGUGUGUAACUAGAACAAUAAGGGGAGGGGUGGAGUCGCAAUAGGAGGUGUGUACUGUGUACAGGGUCAGGCACCUUCCCUGUGGGGCUGACCCACUGAGCAGCAGGCAGUAUUAAAUCCCCGCUCCCCACCCAACAGCCUGUUACAUGGUGCAGUCUCAACUCACUGAGGCACUGCCAAUCUUAGUCUGUGAGACCGUUUUGCCUUUAAGCUUUAUGGUGGUGCAGAAUUGUGGCCUCAACCUCUUCCUGCAGGACUUAUUGUCUCAAAUGAAGACUUUGUUUAAGAAUUUAUCGCCUACAAUCCUGCGACACCUUAAACACUGACACAGGCAUACGGGAAUUUCCACGUGUGGGUGGGCUGCAUGGAGUUUGGACGCUCUGAAGCUGGAUGUGCGUAUGUCAGACACCUAACUGACCAGAAAUAAAACAGCUUAUGCAGUAAGAAACUACACACCAUCUCUCUCACAGAGACUAACCUAAUGUGGCUCGCAGUCAAGUUGGGGUGGUGGUGGGCGGGGGGGAGAGGUGGAGUGAACUUGUGAAUUUGUGCAAGUUUCUCUGUAUGACAGACCGCAGUACUCGCUCCCCGUCAUCACCAACCCCACAUUCCCCCCGUCUGCCCCCCCUCACCCGCCCGUGUGAGAAAAAUAUAUUUGUGGAGCGAUUAUUUUAAUAUAAAUUCACAAUAAAAGUAACUUCACAUUUACACUGUAUCCAGUUACUACUUAAAAAGAAUCAGUAUUAUAUUUGUAUGUGUAAUCUAGGUGUAAGGGAUAGUAUGAACACACACUGUGUGGUGUGGAACCUGUCACUGACUGAAGUGCUUUUGGGGAGGAAAUGUGGGGGGGGUGGGGGUGAAGGAAUCAUUCACACACACGGGGAAGGGGUUGGCAAUGCCUGGAGCUCUGUGGAGGAGCCCAGAGUUGGAGGUUUGAGCUGUCAUUUUAAUUAAUAUGGCGAUUGAGAGCGUUCGUUGCCAUUUUAAUUUGUCAUUUUUAAUGUCAGAGUUCUAGGUGCUGAGUAAAUGGUUCCACUGCUUGUCAUCUGGGUGCCAGGGAGAGUGUGUGUUUGUGUGGUCUGUUAUUCACACCACACAUCGAUGUGCUGCUGUGUGGUUAGUGAGUCCCACUUCACCACCGCUUCCUGCUGCAGCUAUUGAUCUGUUGCUGGCCACAGGCUCUCAAACUUAGCUCGGUCUCACACGUGCAUUUUGCCGAUCACUCUCCCGGGCGGUUUAAAAAAAAUAUAUAAUUAAAGAAACGUUUGAACCAGGUUUGCGACUGUGUUUCUCAAAAGUAAAUUGUAUUACUACAUUUUAUUUUAAACCAGGGUGAACUAAUGGUUGGAGCUUUGUGUCUGUUUGUGAACAAUUCCCCCGUCACUGAGUGUUAGAUACAGAGACACUUCAAACUUGUCACGCCGAGUGAGGCAAUUUAUCCAGUGGCACACCUGCGUGCUCACACUCUCACACUCUCACACACACACACAGUGUAAUCUGUGUGGAAGAGGUUUUCCAAAGCCUCUGGAAGCCAUUCCUGGUUUCUCCCAUCCCUGCAAAAGUAUAAUAACCCAUUCCUGAAACCCCAGCCCAGUUGGGAGUGAGUUACAGCCUGGGGUCUAAUCCACUUAUAAAGGUGAUAUAGAAUGGAGAGCUGGGGGCGGGGGUGUCAGUUCAGACAGUGGAAGCUCUGAUAACAGCUUGAUGUUCAUAUUGAAUGAAGAGCGGUUGAGAUGAGGGUUAGAGGAAGCGAACGGGAGGUGUUAAUUGCACAGCGAGUGUCCAGGAAACUCACCAUAAAAUGCUAACGAACAAAAACUCCCUGUUAUCUUCUCCCCCCAUCCCCCCCGGCUAGUGUGGAGGACGUGAUUUGUGUGUGUGAAGGAUUGGUGUGAAACCCGCAGUAUAGAAAUCACCCUGAGGGGCAACACCAACAGACUCUUGUGUUGCUGUGUGUUUGAGGAAUGGUCACUUCCCCUUCACACCUGUGAGGGCUGAUGGGGGAGGGUGUCUGUGCUGGUGCUGGAGCGAGGCCGUGAUCGUGCUCGUUUCGCACGAGGGGAGCUCACUGCCGUAUGUACGUUGAAGGCUGGUGAGGGAGGAGCAGGCCCACUGCUAACCCUCCCAGUCGAGGGUUUGUGGUUGAGACAGUUGGUGAUUCAGGCCAAAGAGUGUGGCAAUGUCCGGAGGGGGAAUGGGGCGUCUGAGCUGGUCCCUGUGUGGGUGGAGGGGGAAUUGAGGGAGGGUCUCAGCUGGUCCCUGUGUGUGAAUGUCAGCAACAGGGACAUGGAACACACUAAAAGGACUGAAUGACCCCUUUUCUGGUCUGGGAUCUGUAACGUCCACCAGAACAGGCAAACAGGAGCUUGGUUCAAUGUUUAUCUGAAGGACUGCACCUCCGACAGUGCAGCCCCCCACCCACCCACAGUACUGCUCAGUCACACACACACACACACACAAUGCACAGGAGGACCUGAGCUAGUUUGAGUGUCUAUGUUUAGGAAGAGAGGGGGGGGGGCGCAUAUCACGGUGUGAGUUCACGAUCCCAUGUUUUACUACAUGAUGUGAGUGUUGGGAGGGAGCGAGCUCACUUUGUGAUGGUCACGGGACUGUUCGGCUCAUUCGAGACCAUCCUGUGGGGGCAGGUGUCAGUCAGCGUCGGUGUGUGUGUGUGUGUGUGUAGUGGCCUUGCUAACCAGUUCCAGCAUUGUUUCCUUGUGUGCGAGACCCUCUGAGUCCAGCCUCACGUGAACAUGAGGCGUCAGUCAGUAAAUCACACAACUUUCCAAUCUCUGAACACUACAGAUCGAUAACCAGUCUUAACUAUGUGACGUGUUAUCAUGUGACCACUUCAACUUUGAUUCCAAAUACUCUUAAUAAAUUUUUUUAAAAAAGAA